AUGCCUAUCGCAACUCAUUUCACGUUAAACACUGGGGCCAGGAUUCCCGCGGUAGGGUUCGGCACCUGGCAGGCCGCACCUCGCGAGGUAGAGCGGGCCGUAGAGACAGCCCUUAAGGCUGGUUAUAGGCACAUUGAUUGCGCUGCCAUCUAUCGCAACGAGGCCGAAGUUGGCGAGGGUAUCCGUAAGAGCGGUGUUCCGCGUUCAGAUAUCUUCGUCACUGGCAAACUAUGGAACACGAAGCAUGUACCCGAAGAUGUCGAGUCGGGCCUUGACAAGACAUUGAAGGAUCUGGGGACAGAUUACCUGGAUUUGUUUCUCAUGCACUGGCCAGUAGCUUUCAAGCCCUCGGACAAGUGGUUCCCCAUCGACUCAGAUGGCGUUUUUGAGCUUGCGGAUAUUGAUCCUGCCGAGACCUGGGCGGCCAUGGAGAAGCUGGUAGCAUCAGGCAAGGUCCGCGCUAUCGGAGUGUCCAACUUCACCAAGCAGCGCCUGGAAGACCUUCUGUCCAAGACCAAGACUGUUCCGGCUGUCAACCAGAUCGAGGCCCACCCCUAUCUGCAACAACCGGCUCUUCUGGAGUUCUGCAGUUCAAAGGGUAUCCAGGUGGCUGCGUACUCGCCGCUCGGUAACAACCAGACCGGCGAGCCGCGCACCGUUGAUGAUCCGCUGGUCGGUGAGCUCGGCAAAAAGCUGGGCGUGGACGGUGGCCAGCUUCUCGCGUCCUGGGGAAUUCAAAGAGGGACUGUGGUUCUGCCCAAGAGUGUCACUCCCAGCAGAAUCGAGUCGAAUCUCAGGGUGCAGGAAAUCCCCGCGGAUUCCUUCGCCCAACUAAAUGGCCUGGAGAGAAACAAGCGAUUCAACUGGCAGACGAGGUGGGGUGUUGACAUCUUCCAGGAACUAGGCGAUGAGGAGGCGAAGCGCGUUGCGAAGGAGACCGGCCCUGAGAACUUGCAAAAGUUCACCGCCUAG